CAGGAAGCGGAAGGCUAGCACGAAACGGGUGGGUGCUUCUGUGAUCGGUAGCCAUGCGCAGCUGGGAGGAACCAGGGCCUCGCCCCACAGCGACCCCGUGCGGGUGCGUCAAGCCGGCUCUGGAGACAGGGAAUCUUUUAACUGAGCCAAUUGGCUACUUGGAAUCCUGUUUCUCAGCCAAGAAUGGUACUCCAAGGCAGCCAUCCAUUUGUAGCCAUUCAAGGGCUUGUUUGAGAAUUAGAAAGAGCAUCUUUAAUAAUCCUGAACAUUCCUUGAUGGGCUUAGAACAGUUUUCUCAUGUAUGGAUCUUGUUUGUUUUUCACAAAAAUGGUCAUUUGAGCUGUAAGGCAAAAGUGCAGCCUCCGCGGCUGAAUGGUGCAAAGACUGGAGUUUUCGCCACAAGGAGCCCACAUCGCCCCAAUGCAAUAGGACUGACCCUGGCCAAGCUGGAAAAAGUAGACGGUGGAGCUGUAUACCUGUCUGGAAUUGACAUGAUUCACGGCACACCUGUACUGGACAUAAAGCCCUACAUAGCUGAUUAUGACUCGCCACAAAAUUUGAUUGAGCCUUUAGGGGACUGUGAUUUACAGAGUAACGAAUGUAAUCCAAAAGCCGUGUCCUGGUCUGAUGGCAACACUGACAGCUGCGCGCAGCAGCAGCAGAUCUCAGGGUGCGAGGAACCACAAUCCUGCAGUCGCACUAAGGAGACACCUAAAAGUGCCGAAGACGGAACUUCAGGAGAAAACAGCAUGCAACACAUUGACGCAGCCAAAAUCCAGCAAAGCUCACCUAAGCACAGGGAGAUAGCAGCAGACUUGGGUUUAGACUGUAGAAGUGGUCAGACACUGAGUGUGGCAGAGCAGCAAAUUGGUGCACAUCGCCCGGAGAAGAGCUCUUCAGACGAGGGUACAGAUAAGAGGCCAAGGAGAAGGAAAGAAGUAGUGGUCCCACAGGAAAAGGGUGUGGAGGUGCAGGCCGUGGCUCCUCCCUGCCCCUCUGUGAAGGCCGGCGCAGCCCCCCGCAGUGUGGUUCCCUCCUGGGUGCGAGAGGCCCCCGUGGCCGUUUUGCAAGUCCGGUUUACUCCUCACGCCGAGAUGGACCUUGAACACCUCGGUUCAGAAGAUGGUGGUCAGGCUUCAUUUAAGUAUUUUCAGUCAGCAGAGGAAGCAAGGCGCGCCAUCGAGGCCGUGUUGUCAGCUGACCCUCGGUCUACCUAUCGACGGAAGCUCUGCCAGGACCGCCUUUUCUACUUUACUGUAGACAUAGCACAUGUCACUUGCUGGUUUGGUGAUGGCUUUGCAGAAGUUUUAAGGAUUAAGCCGUCUUCUGACCCUGUUCACAUGACUGACCCUGUGGAGUCCUUGGUGUCUAUGGGAUCGUAAGUAGCUUCCGUCACGUCUUUAAGACAGCCUCUUUGACUUUGGUUGUGACUGGUGGAUUUUUUGUACAAGCUAAUGA